AUGGGCUUCAGCAGCCUUUCAUCAAGCUCUUCAAUCGGUGGCCCGCGAGACACAGAAAGUGUGGAAGGAGAGCUAGCUGCAGAACUGCACGCUCAGCCGUGGACUCGCGAGAAGCUGGAAGAAGCAAUGCCUUUCACGUGUGACAGUUCCCAACCUGCAAACUCUGUCAUUAUGGAGAAGCACAGGCGACGCGAGCCCACGGGGAGCUCAAGCCCGGAUCCCAGGCCAGGCGGCGCCGAGAUGCAGGUCUGGAGCUCAGUUCUGACUCGGUCCCUGCAUCACCUCGAUGCUCCUCCAGCGACAGCCUGCACAAUUCCCCAGGGUCACCCGAGCCCGAGGGCUGGUGAUUUGGAAACCAGUCCGGCAGGACCCGGGCCUGCUGUUGGGCGGCCGCAUUCCAGGCCUGUGCCAUCACCUGGGAAAGGGCUGCGGGCCUGCCUGGGCUCCAGGGGCGGGCGAGCCCCCAGCUGCGCACGUACAACCAAGUUCUGCCUUCGAGAAAUUCCGGUUGUGAGUCUCACGAAGCUCAGUAUCUGCGAGGCGAGGGCGCGGUCGCGACACUCCAGUCCUGGGCAGCCCUGUGCCCCGCACUGCCCACGCUGGAACCCGGAAAGGGCACCAGAAAACCGGAAAGGAAGGGCUGCCUUCCCUACAGCCAGGAAGACAGUCAGCAUCACCAAGGGCUGCCCCAUCCACCCCAGCAUAACGGAUCAGAAGUGUUCAGUCCCCUUCCCAGGAGGUAGAAGCCUGGACUCUGGUCUACAGAUGCCACUAAUUGGCUCUGCUGUCUCAGGUGCAGCUAAGAGCUCCAUCCCCAGCUGCAGAAUCCGUAGCAAGAACAACGGCCUCUGUACCUCUCCAUGCUCAUGUUACCAGAACCCACCCCACUAUGCCACAUCAAGGUCCCUCCACUGUCUUCCGCUGUCCCCAUGCCCCAGCCCCCUGGUGCCUUUUACUUCCUCUGCCUUUGCUGUGGGAGCUGAAAAGGACCGUGAGAGGACUGUCAGGACAGUAGCGUGACCAGAGUGGUGGAUUCCUCAGGCCGGGCACGCAGGGGAAGAGCAAAAGCUCGCCCUUCCCCUUCUGCAAGCUCUGCUGCUUCCUGGAUCCCAGCGGAGACAGGCAUCUCCUCCGUCCUCUUCGUCAUAAUUAUUGUCACGAGUGAAUCGACUAGAGUAGGCCUGGGAGUGGGCAGCACGGGUCUAGCUCUUGUCACAGGGCCAGCCCCCACUGUCACACAGCCACGGACUUUGCUGAAGACCAAAGUAAGAAAUGAAUGGGGGACAGGUGUAG